AUGGCCCUUCUCCUUGGCGUCUUCCACCAGUAUGUCGAAGACCCUAUCGACCGUGGAGUUGUCCAAGGGAUCUUUGGUAUCAACCCAAGCCUUAGCAAGGUUCUGGUGACUAUCUUCGUUGGCAAGCUUGCGAAGCGUAAUAUUAUCUGCGUUCUUGUUCGGCUAGACGUAUAUUUUGAUGCGACCGCCGACUUGGACACUCCGGUCCACACGACCUCCAACACUGACCCCAUUCAUAGGUUCCCAGGGAGGACUCGGUGCUCUCCGAAAUGUAAUAAAUGGGUGAGAAAGUUGCCAACAGUAUCAGCCGCGUUUACUGCACGUGCCAGCGUUGACAAUGUCCUGGAGUUUUCCACUACCUUCUCAAUAGCACUGGAGAAUUUAGGAUCAGGCAGAUGUGUUAAUUUAUGUGUUCAACUUCACAUAUAUUGCCGCUUUCAUUCCCUCUGCAACAAAAGUUGGCACCAACAGCCUGUCGCGACCAUGAGGCUGUUCGAUGGAUUGGUGGAGUGUUUCAACACUUUACUUUUGCACAUGAAGAACAGAAUUACUUCCGCAGCAACUGGCUCUCGAAGUAUGUCUGGUCUGAUCAAGGCGUCCCAGAAGACCUUAUUUUGCUACACGUCGGGCCGCUGGUUGUAUGAUGAACGGCGCCAGCUCAGCAGGCGCUAUGUCAAGUUUAAUGUCGAAGGCCUUUGCAGGACCGCGAGUGAUAUUGUUGGCGCCCCGUGCACUCAGGUGACGAAGCUGCCCGAGGGGCUCUACAACAAAGUCUUCUCCCUAAAGACGGACACGGGUGAGGAACUGCUUGCUAGGAUUCCGAACCCGAAUGCUGGAUCCGCGCGAGAGGUGAUUGCCAGUGAAGUUGCCACCCUUGAUUUUCUUCGCAAUGUCCUUGGUAUUCCCGUCCCUGAGGUAGUUGCGUGGAGCUCGCCAUCGGUUCCUAACCUUGUGGGCACUGGAUACAUUCUCAUGAAGAGGAUAAUCGGUCAUCAGCUCAGUGAUGUUUGGAAUGACAUGUCCCAGGCCCAGCGCUUUGGGUUGGUGAGGAGCCUGGUUGCCAUUGAAGCCAAAUUAGUUAAAACAGAGAUGCCAGGCUACGGAAGCCUCUAUUAUAGAGAUGACUACCCUGAUGGCAUGAGUAUGGAUGACGUACUGUCCCCUGCAGGGUCUACGGCAAAUCGCUUCGUUCUAGGCCCUUCAACUGACAGACCGUUUUGGGUUGAUGGGCGAGGGGCAUUAGAUUUGGAUCGCGGUCCAUGGGCAUCUGCAUCAGAGUACUUUUCUGCAAUCGCAAAGCGUGAGAUGGAAUGCAUUCGCACCGCUGCGCAAAAUGAACCCAGCCUCAUGGAUUUUGGAGGAAAGGAUACAGCGCGCGAAAUCCAUAUCAAUCUUCUCAACCAGUUCCUCGCCAUUUUACCGUACAUUCUUCCUUCCCAAUACUUUUGCAGCCCAACUUUGCUGCAUCAAGAUCUUCAUCUAGAGAACAUCUUCGUUGACAGCGCCGACCCAACCAAGAUAUCAGGCAUAAUCGACUGGCAGUCAACCUAUUCUGCUCCGCUCUUCAUGCAAGCGAGAUUCCCCUCAGUUUUCGACUGA